AUGGCGUCGCCACGAUUUGAGGUGGCUCUUAUCCAGUUCAAGCCCAAGCGUCUCGACCCGGAGCAUAAUUAUGCAUACGCCGCUGAGAAGAUUCGGGAGGCGGCAGCCUCCGGAGCAGCCCUUGCUAUCGUCCCCGAGUACCAUCUGACCGAUUGGGUGCCCGAGGACCCUUCGUUUGCCUUGUCCCCCGAGGACGCUCUGGACUACCAGCAGAGGUAUCAGGCACUGGCAGAAGAGCUUCACAUCAACAUCUGUGCCGGCACUAUAGUAUCGAAAUCUUUCGCGUCUGACUCCCAGGACACGAAUGCGCCAGCUGUGCUCAACAAGUCCCAUUUCAUAGAUCAUAAUGGCAAGCUUUUGGGAACUUACACCAAGACCAACAUCUGGAUCCCUGAACGUCGGUAUCUGACAUCCUCAGUCGAGUUUGCCAAGCUGAGCGGCGCCGACUCGUCCCAUAACCCCCAUCAAGCGAUUGAUACGCCGCUUGGUCGGGUUGGCAUCCUUGUCUGUUGGGACCUUGCUUUUCCUGAAGCAUUUCGGCAGCUGGUCCUUGACGGUGCUAAAAUCAUAAUCGUCCCGUCUUACUGGACGUCCGGUGAUAUGACCCCUGAUGGACUGGAGUACAACCCGGACUGCGAGAGAUUAUUUGUGCAGAAUGCUCUGGUCACUCGCGCUUUCGAGAAUACUGCUGCAGUCAUAUACUGCAACGUGGCAGGCCCGGCGGAGGAGGGUUUCUUCGGGUGCAGCCAAGUCACGCUUCCAAUCGUGGGGACGGUGCCUGGAAGUUUCAGUGACAGCGAGGAGGGAAUGCGACUUGUUGGCGUUGACAUGCGUGCGGUUGAAGUCGCUGAGAAGAACUACAAAAUCAGGCAGGACAUGGCUGGCAAGGAUUGGCACUAUGGGUAUGAGAAGGUUGAUAUUACAUCUAGACGGUGA